AUGGAUGCUGCACCAGGAACAAGCAGUGGAACGCAAAAGAAAGGUAGGAAAUCUAGGAAAGCAGAAGAGAUCGCCAUGAUUCACGAUCUGUAUCGUGGGGUCAAGCUCACUCCAUCCAAGAUUCCCGACGUUGUUGAAGCCUUUUCAGGGUCUUCUGAUGAUGAAUUUGAGGCUGACGAACCUGAAAAUGAUGUGUUAUAUGAGGUUUCCACAACUGAUGAUGAUAUUUCGAGUGAGAGUGAGGAUGAGAGUGAAGAAGAAGCCCCUGCCCCGCCACGCGGAAACCGCACGUGUCCGGUACCAAAGAGGGCUAGGCUGGGUGAUGACUGGAAUCGUAGCAAUACUCCUCCCAUCGUUGAUGACUUUUCUGCAAACCCUGGCCUAACAAUUCCACUAUCUACUACUCCAUUGCAGUUUUUACAACUGUUUUUCACUAGAGCAGUGGUUGAAUACUUAGCGUAUGAAACCAAUUUGCAUGCCACACACAUCAUACAUCUCAUGGCUGACUCAGCAAGAAACACGUGGAAACCAGUGUCUGUGAAAGAAAUGGCCCGAUAUUUGGCCCUGUGCAUACUGAUGGGCAUAGUGAAGAUGCCUACAAUGAGGAUGUACUGGCAGACGAAUCAGAUGUGGCAUUGUCGCUUCUUCAACUUGUUUAUGUCGUCUGCUCGGUUCCAACACAUUUCUAAGUUCUUCCACAUGUAUAACAAAAAAGGCGUUCCAGUGAAUAAUAGUGACCGACUGAUAAAAGUGAGACCACUAAUGGACUAUUUUUCAGAAAAAUUUGCAUCUGUAUAUAUCCCCAAAAAAGAAUUGAGUCUCGAUGAGGGUACAAUGGCAUGGCGCGGCCGCCUCUCUUUCAAGGUCUACAAUCCCAACAAGCCUGAUAAAUAUGGUGUAAAAUUUUAUAUGUUGGCCGAAGGGACAUCAGGCUACAUAUAUAAAUUUGAUGUGUAUUGUGGAAUUGGAAAAACGACAGUGGAAACCGUGAUGGGGUUGAUGGCGCCCCUAGUCAACAAGGGUUAUCAUCUGUAUAUGGAUAACUACUAUAACUCGGUAAAAUUAUCUAUUGCACUUAGAAAGAUAGAAACGAACAGGGAGAAAAGAAAAGAUGCAGAGACAGCCAGAAAAGUGAGGUCGCACCAGAGGACAACCGACUCUCAGGCCUCCCCUACCCAAGGGUCGUGA